AUGUCGAAGCGCAGUGUGGACAACCUUAAGCCGAGUACGGUGUUUGUGGAGGAUGCGGAGGCCCAGGCUUCGCAUUUGGGCAGCUACAGCCAGAAUGUCAAUGCAAGGAUUUCCAAUCCGUUGGCCGGUGUCUCCAAACGCGAUCUAUACGAUCGAGUCGAUCGCUUCUGCCAAGAGUUCGGCUUUGAAGCCGAAUUGGAGACUUUUCGGAAAGGGGCCCUUGCUUCUCAGAAUCAGACUGAUUUUGAAGGCCUUGGCGAGCUCACUGAAGAUGACAAGCGUCAUUUGAGGAGGGAGACUACACAUAAAUGGCAUCUCCCAAAAGCUCUUUAUUUCAGCAUAGCUCUCUGCUCUCUUGGAUCCGCAAUUCAAGGAUGGGAUAAUACCGGUGCCAAUGGAGCUAACCUCUCCUUUCCGGAAGAAUUUGGGAUUGCGGAUAAUACUUGGCUGAUCGGAGUCAUCAACUCGGGGCCAACCCUCUUUGGAUUGUUAAGCGCCUGGGCUGCAGAUCCUCUGAACAACUGGCUGGGCAGACGCGGAACUAUCUUCUUAACCGGUCUAUUCUGCGUCUUUCCAGUGCUUGCACAGGCUUUCACGCAAAAUUGGUGGGGCCUGUUACUUUGUCGUCUUUUCAUGGGUCUUGGAAUGGGUGUCAAGAUCUCGACGAUUCCCGUUUUCAGCGCUGAGAUCUCUCCGGCGUCCAUUCGUGGAGGCCUGGUAACUAGUUUUCAGUUAUGGGUGGCAUUUGGUACUUUCAUUGGCUUCUGCUCCAACCUGAUUUUUUACCGUAUUGGUAAACUUGCCUGGCAAUUCCAAUUGGCGGCUGCCUUUGCCCCAGCUGUGCCAGUUCUGAUAUUCGUUUGGUUCUGUCCAGAAUCGCCUAGAUGGCUCAUGAAAAAGCGACGCUACCAAGAAGCCUUCGGGUCAUUCUGCAGGCUGCGGAAUACGGAGCUGAUUGCAGCACGAGACCUGUACUAUGCCCAUUGUCAGGUACUGGCUGAGAGAGAUGCGUUCUCAGGAACAUCACUUGGCCAUCGUGUAUGGGAGCUCGCCACGGUACCCCGCCUCCGUCGAGCUAUGAUCUCAAGCUCCAUUAUUGUUAUUUCCCAGCAGUUUUCGGGAAUCAAUAUUAUGAGCUUCUAUUCAUCCACUAUCUUCUCAGAAGCGGGGUAUUCUGACCGAGACUGUCUUCUCGCUUCCCUGGGAUUCGGAUUGACCACGUUUGUCUUCGCGCUUCCCGCGGUAUGGACAAUGGAUACGUUCGGACGACGCAAUCUCAUGUUGUUCACUUUCCCUAACAUGGCUUGGUGUCUUCUGGCCGCUGGCUUAUGCUUUCUGAUUCCUUCCGAGUCUGGUGCUCGAGUGCCUCUGAUUGCGCUUUUCGUCUAUCUAUUUGCGGCCUUUUACGGACCCGGCAUUGGACCGAUCCCAUCAAUCUACUUCAGUGAGGCAUUUCCGCUUUCUCAUCGUGAGCUGGGAGCCGCAUUCACGAUUUGCGUGAACAAUGCGGUCGGCAGUGCGCUCAGUCUUAGUUUCCCAUCUCUCCUGGCCAAGAUAACCCCUACUGGAGCAUUUGGUUUCUACGCUGGCUUGAAUAUAUUGGCUUUUGUCACGAUUUUCUUCGUGGUACCGGAGACAAUGCAACGUACCCUUGAGGAACUGGACUAUACCUUCGGCGUUCCUACCCAUCGGCAUGCGAAAUAUCAAUUCAAGACCUGGUUGCCGUGGUUUGUGAAGCGCUAUGUUUUCUUCCAGCGGUCAGCUAAGCUAGAGCCACUCUACAAGCUGGAAGGAUUAUAG